UGAUCCCGUUUCCAGCGUCGCCAUUUUGAAGCGGUGAUCCCUAAAGAAGCAGGAGAAGGAGAAGGUGGAAAAGGAGGGAGUGGGGAAAAAAAAGAAAUGCAUUAAAAUCCCUUUGGGAAAGAGCAUCGGUCUUCGCCUGAUGGGUUGGGACCCUCUAUUGGCUCACAGUCUGACCUAAGACCCAAACCUUUGUCAUUUUAAAUCUGCCUGAAUCUCAAGAAAGAUCUGUCAACUGUAAUGUCAUCUUAUUCCCAGUUUACAGCCAUGAACAUUUUCAAUUAGCUAUGGAGAGGGAAUUCCCAGGGCACUUGCAAGAGAUCAACAGACAGAUGUUCAGAACAAGGAAGCUUUGCUUCGGUGCAUAGGGAUGACUUCAUCCCUAAUAGCCUCUGCUAACAGAGCACAAGCACUGCUGGGACAAGUGUUGGGGUUGGCAAGGGGGAGGACUAGUUCAGGUCCUUUUUCCUCCUGAACAACCACUUUGGACAGACAGAAGUCUGAUAUUAUGGAAGAAAGCAAUAUUGCAGCAGUAGUCUCAAAUAUUGGGGAACAGUCCACUGUAUUGAUCUCUGAAGCAACCUCAGAAAAUGGUGAAGACCACAGAAAGUGUAAUCCUGAUCCACUAAUCCAGGUUAUCCAAAAGCUAAGCAAGAUUGUUGAGAGUGAGAAGUCACAAAAGUGCCUUUUAAUAGGGAAAAAACGCUUGCAUCCUGAUGUGUCUCUGCUGUCACUUGACUCGCAAAACCUCCCAGAGAGCCCAGCUAAACCCAUUGAACUGCCUGCCCUGGGCACAAUAAAUAUAGAUGAUUAUUAUGUGACAGACUGUCCUCCGCAAAGUAAAAGGAAGGUAGUUUGCUACCAGUGCAGUCUCUGUAAAUCGCUGUCUCCCACUCUUCCUCUAUUAAAAGAACAUGUGAAACAACAUGGCCAGCAGAAGGAAGUAAUACUUAUGUGUUCAGUAUGUAAUUUUGCCAGUAGACGCCUGGAAGAGUUUGAAGCUCAUGUCAGGCAUCACCCAGCGAACAGUGACAAAACCCAAACUCUGUCAAAGGAGCCGCAGUGCAUAAGUGUUCCUAGUACCACUUUGCAUAACCCAGUGGAAAGUUUUGUCAAAGCAGGCACUGAUCAAGUGGCACAGCUCCAGUCUCCCUGUCUGACUGAGAAGGGGAGGAAAAAAUGGUACACUUAUGAGCAAUAUGGCAUGUACCGAUGCUUAAUUUGUAGCUACACUUGUGGUCAGCAAAGAAUGUUGAAAACGCAUGCCUGGAAGCAUGCAGGUGAAGUCGAUUGCUCAUAUCCCAUAUUUGAGGAAGAAAAUGAGCAAGCUACAUUGCUGGAUCCUGCUAUAUCGGGUGUUCCUCGCAAUGUGGAGGCUGUUGUCCUUUCGCUAGAAAAUAGCGAACUUGGUCUCUGUAGUGACCAGGCUGUCCAACUCCAUAUUUGUAGCUCUGACCAAAUGAUGUACAAACCUUCGCCAGCAGAAACACCUAUAAAAGAGGAGGCAAUCUUAAAUCAGUCAACUGCACUUUUGCCCACAGGCAAACUGUUAGAGGAGACUCUGUCGGAUGCAGAUCUGGAACAAGAUAAUUUGAUAACUGAUAGCUUGCUUUCCUCUGCCCAGAAAAUCAUUAACUGCAGUCCAAAUAAAAAAGGUCAUGUUAAUGUCAUAGUGGAACGUUUGCCAAGUGCUGAAGAACCUGUCUUGCAGAAGCCUUACUUGAUAGACACUGACCUCGAGGCUGAAAAGAAAAUAAUCUCUGAACAGAGUCGAAUUGCACAUGAUGGACCAGGGGACGUUUAUCAUAUGGAUAAAAAUUCUGUUGAACUUGAAGAAGUAGUAAUUGGAUGGAGCAGCACGGAGAAGAAAGAUGGCGACUUAAAUCCUGGCAGAGCCAAAGCCGUCGAUGAAAAUGCACCUCCAACUAGAAGAAGAACAAAUUCUGAGUCCUUGAGACUGCACUCGCUAGCAGCUGAAGCUCUUGUUACGAUGCCUAUCAGAGCUGCAGAGCUGACCCGGUCAAGCCUCAGAGCCUUUGCCGAAGUAAAUUCUAUAGGUUCGGAGAACACUGGGCAAAGGCAAACUGAUAGCAGCUAUGUAGCUCAUUCUAAGCUGGUAACCUCCCUUAAAACAGAGGAAUUGACAAGCUUAAACCAAACUGACUGUGCUUUUGUGGAAAUACAGAAGGAUAAACCAGAGUUAACUGAAGGUCCCAUUAAAAUGGGCAUUAGCAUGUCGCUGCUCACUGUAAUUGAAAAACUGAAAGAGAGGACAGACCAGAAUGCCUCCGACGAUGACAUUCUGAAGGAGUUGCAAGACAAUGUACAAUGCCAACCUGCAAUGGAUGCCAGUGUGCUGGGGAGUAACCUGGUGGAAUACAUCCCUAAUGUGGAUCGCCCUUUCCGGUGUCGCUUGUGCCACUACAGCAGUGGCAACAAGGGGUACAUCAAGCAACACUUGCGGGUUCAUCGCCAGAGACAGCCCUACCAGUGUCCAAUCUGUGAUCAUAUAGCAGAAAACAGUAAGGAUUUAGAAAGCCAUAUGAUCAACCACUGCAAAACCCGAAUGUACCAGUGUAAACAAUGUGAAGAAUCCUUUCAUUAUAAGAGUCAGCUGCGAACCCACGAGAGAGAGCAACACAGCCUUCCAGAUCCGUACUCAACACCCUCAUCUGACAGCCUAAUAACGUGUAGCAAAGUGGAUGAAAGAGUCGGGGAUAGGAUUUCAGUCCAGAAACUUUACAGAUGCGACAUUUGUGAUUACACAAGCACAAUGUAUGUUGGUGUGCGGAAUCAUAGACGGAUUCACAACUCUGAUAAGCCAUACAGGUGUCGAGUGUGUGACUUUGCCACAACAAAUAUGAAUAGUUUGAAGUGCCAUAUGAGACGCCAUCCACAGGAGCAUCAGGCAAUGCAGCUAAUGGAGCAGUUCAAAUGUUCCCUUUGUGGAUAUGUGUGUAGCCAUCCUCCUUCUCUAAAGUCUCAUAUGUGGAAGCACGCAAGUGACCAAAACUAUAACUAUGAACAAGUGAACAAGGCUAUUAAUGAUGCAAUUUCACAAAGUGGCAGGUUCCCAGGUCAGCUAUCUGGGAAGGUGAUAACCGAAAGCUCUGAAGACAAUUCAUUUCCUUUGUCAAGCAACUCAGAGGGCUUGUCCUUUUCAGACUCCUCUAACCAAGCUGCUAACAGAACUGCGAGUUCUGAUGAAAAUCAGAAUCCUACUUCCACAACUAAUACCUCAUGCAAUUCAGACAAAACGGUUAGCCUGCACCAUCCUGGCACAGAAUACUGCGUCCUGCUCUUCUGUUGUUGUAUCUGUGGAUUUGAGUCCACCAACAAAGAGAACUUGUUGGACCAUAUGAAGGAACAUGAAGGUGAAAUCAUAAACAUAAUUCUAAACAAGGACCACACAGCAGCUCAGAGUGUAAGAUAGAUGACGCUGCUGCUUUGAAGGAUUUCUUAAAGUGCUAUUUUCUUGUGCUCUCUAAACAUUACCUGAACUACUUGCUAAAGAGCGAAAAACCGUAAGUAAAAAAUACAGUGAAAUGUCUAGAUGUUGAAAUCUUUGUAUCCAUAAGAAAAUGAAUUAUUUCACAAGCUCUUGGAGUAACUAAACAGUAAAUGCUCCAUUUAGGGUAAAGGUCCACUGAAACCAUUAUCCCCUGCCAACACAGCCGUUUUCAAUGCCUAUUACUAAUCCAAAGCCUGGUCAUAUAAUAGGAAAUUCACACUAAGGCAUUACUUUAAGGGGUUCAAUCUUCCUGCCUUGAAACUAGGGUGUCAGAUUCAUUUCAGGUAAACUAAAAUAAAACAAAUUGCAUGACUGACUUCUACAUAUGAGCAUCUAGUUUACAAAGCAACAAUUUCCAGAGAGGGGGAGAUUGAGCACCUUCUUAGGUCUUAUAGUUCCUAGUUCAAUUGCUGCUUUUUCUUUUUAGCGAAGAUCACAGGUUCUGUCUGUUCUGCUGCUACAUGCAGCAUAAUAUAAGUUGCUAAUUAUUUGGCUGGAUUUUUCCCCCUUUCAGUAUGAGAUGCUACAAUAAAGAGAUGUCUAAAUUUGUCUUGUUAGACCCGAAUCAUUCACCAAAACUUUAUAUAUAAAAGCAGUCAUUUAACUAAUGGUAUUUCAUUUCAGUAUGCUACAAGUGCCAUAACUGAGAGUAGCAGAGAGGGUAGGAACAAAUGGUCUUUGAUAAACUUUGGACCAAUGAAAAGAAAGGCCUGUCUCCUUCAUCAAAUAACAUUUAACAUUUCAAAAUCCAAUUACUUAGGUGCACUGAAAUCUGAUGGAAGUUACCAUAAACAAGCUACUCUUGUUGUGACAUUGUUAUAAACUGGCGGCUAAAAGUGCUGCAUUUGCUUGAUGUACUUGCUCACCAAAAGGAGCUCUUUUCACACCUUGAUAAAACAUCUUAAGCUUUUUUUCUCUUUUGGUUGCAAUUCUGAAGAGAGGCUGCUUAAUUACCAUUGACUUCCAUGGAAGUUAAAGAAGCCUCUCUUCAGAACUGCAGUCUCCAAUGUUAUUUUUGGUCUUGAAAUUAGUGUUAUGUUUCAUUUGGGUGGAACCCUCUCCUAGUUCCUGCCAUGUCAUUGCAUUUCCCUUUACUCUAGUAGUUCAUGGCUUACAAAUAGAUUGUAUGCAAGUAGGAAUUAUUUUCUGAGAGCUUAUGUAUUUAUUAUCUAUUUAUACAUACAUACAUAUAUACAUACAUAUAUACAUACAUAUAUAUAUAGAUAUAUAUAUAGAUAUAGAUAUAGAUAUAUAUUAAAAAGCAGAAAUAAGCUUAGAAGCUCACCGUUUUCAUGGUGCUACUUGAGUUUGGGUAUCUCCCUCCCCCCUCCCAACCUUUCUGGACUGUGAAGCUGGACAAAUGGGGAAAAUUGUGUUUCAUCUUUCAAGAAACUUUAAAUGCUGUGAAAUGCAGAAAUAUUUCAAGGCAUGUUGUAAACAACCCAAACUAGAUUUUUUCUCCAUCUUGGAUUAUUUUAUUAUUUGUUUCGAAGUUAGAUGCAUCAGUACAUUCUUUUUUAGAAGUGAGUGUAUAAAUUCACUGUAUAACCUAUCGUUUACAAGAAUAUUUCAAAUAUGGGAUUGAAAAUGUGGAUGUUUUUAUGUUCCUUAAGAAUAGAACGUAUAGGGGGGAAAUGAGAGGGAAUGUUUAAUAUUCAAGGUAUUAUAAUUCACUUUCUUGCUAUUAACUCUUUUAAGAUUUGAUUAGAAUUAAAUCAGUCAUGAUCUUCUGGCUACUAUUACCUUUUGUAUUCAGUCCCUGGAUCGGUAUUGUAUCGUCAGCAUGGACUUCUGAUGUGCUAGGAAUAGGAAAUUAUUGGGCAACUAUUUAAUAGCUGAGAUUAUACAAAGUAUAUCAGCAUUCCACCUCCUAUCUAUUUCCUGCAAUUAGUUGAAAGCUUGGUGAAAAUUACCAAAUUACUCCAUUCAUUUCUAAUUUAUCAUUUCAAAACCAGUGAUGGCUCUUUGCCAUGAACCUUUAUUUUGUUUUUUUCCCAUGAUGGAUCAUGCCUGUCUGUUACACUACAAGAAAAUUGUGAAACUACAUGCUUAUAAAACUAAAGAUAUCUUAUCGAAGUUAACCAUCGGUUUUUAGGCAUGUAAAGCUUUUUGUAAGAAUAAAAUAUGUGAAGAACAAUUAAAAUGAAUUGGCAAGGCUAGACAAGAUAUGUGUAUUCAGCACGUUCUUUUCCUACCGUUUUGUACAUGUAAUUUUCCAUUACUGUUAAAGUGGAGUAUUUUUUAAAAAACAAAACCUAACUAUAGCCUCAAUACUAAAAGUCCGAUAUCUUCAUUUGCACAGGAAAAACAUCCUUCAUACUGACACUUUUUUCAUUUUAGAGUCCACGAGUUCUCAUCAGUUCACUCCUCAAAUUUAAACACUUGUCAGGUUGAAGACUUAAGGCAGAAACCAGUUUAUUGAUCAUGUUAUCUAUCUUGGAAAGUGCUGGGAUGUGAUCUGUUUGGAUUUCAGGAUAUUUUGCUUUUUGUAUAAGAGCACUUUUUCAGACAUAGCAAGUCUUCCCUCUCUGUUUUAGGACUUUAGUAAGAUAAAUGCUAGGACACAUACUGCUGGCUAUAGUGGCUGUAUAUAGCCAUUUAAUUUAUGUAGAAGCGGAUUCAGUUAUUUGAAUUUCAAUUCAGUCUUUUCUUUUGGCUCUUAUGGUUCCAUUUAUGGGCAUAAAGCUUCCAUUUAUACUUCUGGAUAUAAUUCCAAUAUACCCUUGCUUGGGAGCAGAUUGCAUUGAGAUCAGCUAAAAUAAUUCCCAAAGAGAUGUGCUGCAAAUUACAUCCUUACAAUGCAGUGUUCAUACAGUUGUACUUAGUGGGGAAACUAAUGGAUCAGCAUUCACUUCUUUGGGCUGGUUUAGAUUAAUGUGAUACAGGCUAGUAGGUGGGAAGGCACAAGGGCAAUGGGAUUAGACCCAUCCCACUUUUGGGAUCGACUGAGCAUCGAAACAUUAAAAGAUAAUACUUACAUAGGACUUGCAAACACACAAUUCAAUGAAUGCAGGUCCAAAUUAUGAGCGUGUUAAUCUAGGAAAUGUCAACCUGUGUGGUUUGGGCUUUUAUGUAUUUGGGCUGUAUGCAAACAUUGUGUCCAGUGGAUGGACAUCUCAGCAGCUUUAGAGGUAAAGUAAGCACUUAUGGUAUGUGGGACGAGGUGAUCUCCCCAUUCUUGUCCUCCAUCCUGGUAGACUAAACCAUAUUUCAUUUGUCUUAACCAGCCCUUUGACUAUAACAUAAGCAACUUAGUUGGAACCGUGCUAUUGGAAUCAAUGGGAAUUGCUUCUAAUUAAGUGUGGCUUCUACAGCUUCGCCAGUAGAAGCUGGCUUUCUUGCAGUUCUAGGCUAGAAAGACAGACUGAGAUUCAGCCAGUUAUUGCAUUUUAAAGCACUUAUUUAAUCAUUUAAAACAAAAAUGUACAGUUGGUGCUCAAAGUAAUGUUAAAAUAUAUUUAAUAGAAAAUGGCAUUUGAUAUUCAUGGGCAUGGGUACAUAUAUUUUUUUAAGAAAAGGAAUAGUAAUACUGUGGCACUGCUUUUUAUAGCCAAAGUAUAAAACUUUUAGAAAACUGACAUGUAAAAUACUGCAGAUAUCUCUCUUGCUGUCUCUUAUUGACAGGGUGACUUAUUUUAUAAGACCUUUUCCCGCACAUUAAGCUGCAUGCCUUAAGUUCUCUCUAGGAUUGUCUUGUUUGGAAACUUUGUAGUACUACUUUGACUACCUUUUGAAAUACUGUACAUUGUUGGAAUAAUUUAUUUUGCUUUACAGAAGUUUUUGUCAUGUAUUGACUAAUUGUAUUUU